AUGUCGGUCUCUCAGAUCACCCCCACCCUGUUCCUGAGUGGAGCAGACGCCCCCCUCAACCAGGCCCUGGUCUCCCGCAAGGGCAUUACCCUCAUCAUCAAUGCCACCCUCAACCACGCUUGCCCAGUCUACCCAGGCGUGGAGUGCCUGCGUGUGCCCGUCUCCGACCUGCCCAGCGCCCGUCUGGGCGACCACUUUGACCGUGUGGCAGAGCGCAUCCACAGCAACCGGACGGGGGGUACGCUGGUGCAUUGUGCGGCUGGCAUGAGCCGCUCGCCGGCCCUGGUCAUAGCAUACCUAAUGCGCUACCGGGGCGUGACUCUGUGCCGGGCCCACGCAUGGGUGCAGGAGAGUCGGCCGUACGUACGACUCAACGCGGGUUUCUGGGCGCAGCUACUAGAGUUUGAGAAGAGGCUCUAUGGGAAGAAUACGGUUAAGGUGGCUGCGCCCAUGCCGCCAGUGAAGCCGCCCCUGUCGCCAUGGACACUGCGGUCAUCAUGGACACAGCGGUCACCACCGCUGUUGCCCGGGUCACCGUUGUUGUCGUCUUUGUCGCAGGCCAAGAGGUUGAAGAAGGGUAGGCUUGUAAGGAAGUAGUAGGGAGGGAAGUUUGCUUUUCUGUCUGAAGAUGUGAGGGAAGAACUUACAGCCCUACUGCCUGAGGAUGUAAACCAGGGAAGCAGGCAUGUCCCCUGCCUUGAUUUGAUAAGGGAAAUAUAGUACAAUAAUAAUCUUUAUAUAUAUGUACACUGAACCAAAAUAUAAACACAACAUGCAACAAUUUCUAAGAUUUUACUGAGUUACAGUUCAUAUAAG